AUGGUUUUUCUAAGUGUAAGAAGCUCUCACAGAAGACGUUAUAUUAUUCUCCUUUUAAGUAUCUGUGGUGUAAUAAUUUACCGUCAGAUCAGUGGGCAAACAGGAAAGAUGAAAAUAAACAGAAGAGAGGGGUUGAGUGUCAACUCUUCCCAGUUCGCACUGGGGGGAGAGCCGUUCCGCAUCCUGGGGGGUUCUCUUCAUUAUUUCCGGGUGCCCAGAGCCUACUGGAGGGAUCGGAUGAUGAAAAUGAAGGCCUGUGGAAUCAACACACUCACCACACAGGUGCCUUGGAACCUACAUGAGCCUAAAAGAGGUGAUUUCCAGUUCCAUGGAGGUCUGGAUUUGGAGACAUUUCUUCUCCAGGCUGCUGACGUGGGUCUCUGGGUUAUUCUGAGGCCUGGGCCAUACAUAUGCUCAGAGCUGGAUCUGGGAGGAUUGCCUAGUUGGCUCUUAAGGGACAGCACGAUGAGGUUGAGGAGCAUGUACUCAGGGUUUACAGUGGCAGUUGAUGCUUUUUUUGACAAGCUCAUUCCAAAAGUGGUGCCUUUGCAGUUUAAAAAAGGUGGUCCCGUCAUAGCUGUACAAGUAGAGAAUGAAUAUGGAUCCUUUGCAACAGACAUCAGCUACAUGACAUUUCUUAAAGAGGCUCUGCAGUCCAGGGGCAUCAGUGAGCUUCUGUUGACAUCAGACAACCACAAGGGCUUAAAGGAUGGAGGAGUGAGUGGAGUCCUCCGAACAUUAAAUCUGCGAAAAUUGAACUUUGAUGACAUCAACUAUCUGGAAGCUGUGCAGCCUAACAGUCCCAUACUGGUUAUGGAGUACUGGACUGGAUCGUUUGAUGGUUGGGGUGAUCUUCAUCACAUUUUUCCAGCGGAGGACAUGCUUUCCGCAGUGAGGGAGAUUCUUAGGCGGGGCAUGUCUAUAAACUUGCACAUGUUCCACGGUGGAACCAACUUUGGAUUUGUGAGCGGCGCUUUGACGAGCCCCUCCUACAAGCCCCUAAUCACAAGCUAUGAUUACAAUGCACCUUUGUCCGAGCGUGGGGAUUACACACCAAAGUACCAUCUGCUGAGAGACCUUUUCAGUCGUUACAGCGGCGAGCCGCUGCCUGCGAUGCCUGCGCUGCGCCGGAAUGAGGGUUAUGAGGAGGCGAUCAUGUACCAACACCUCUCGUUAUGGGACGCUCUGCCCUUCACACCGGAGCCUUUUAAAUCGCAAGCCCCUAUUAACAUGGAGAAUUUCCCAGUGAACAAUGGGAAUGGACAAGCAUAUGGUUAUGCUCUCUAUGAGACAACCAUUACCAAUGGAGGCUUCUUAAGGUCUGGAAGUAGUAUCCAGGACAGAGCUCUGGUGUUUGUGAAUAGGAGUUUCAUUGGCAUAUUCAACUACAAGACGGUGGAGUUAGCGGUUCCUGAUGGGAAGGAGGAAAGAACUUUGAGCUUACUUGUGGAGAACUGUGGGAGAGUACACUUCAGCAAAGCCAUGGACAGUCAGCGCAAAGGUAUUGUAGGGGACAUUUUAUUGAACAGUCUGCCACUGACAGACUUCGUCAUUUACAGCCUGGAUAUGACACAGAGCUUUAUUGACAGCUUGUACAGAGCUCCAUGGAAGACCCUUCCUAACAAGCCAAGCUUUCCAGGAUUUUUUCAGGGAAGACUGUUCGUGGACGGCUAUCCCAGUGACACGUUUCUCAAACUGCCGGGCUGGACCAAAGGCGUGCUCUUCAUCAAUGGACAGAACCUCGGACGCUACUGGGACAUCGGCCCACAGCAGAGUCUUUAUCUCCCUGGACCGUCCCUCAACAGUGGAAUCAACCAAGUCAUCGUGUUUGAGGAGGAGGAUAGUGAUUUUAAAGUCCAGUUCGAGGACACACCUGACCUGGGAAUGACUGUAGACAUUCAGUGAACACAGUUCUGAACUUUUUUCCAACUGUUAAUGUUUACUGCAGUGCAGGGCUCCAGUGUCAUUACAUGUUGCUAUUACUGCUCUGGGCAGAGUUUCCCCAAACCACCUUACGGGUUCCCCUUC